AUGGCUGACACCAACCCGCCGCCGCAGAGCUCGCGGGAGGCUAAUGUUGUCUCAGAGCAUCUGCCAGCAGGCUAUGGAGCCACUUUCGAUGGCUCUUCUGCGUCCGGUGCAGCUGCUUCACCACCCGCUCGUGCCGCUGAGCCGGAUGAGGUCUCCUCGUUGAAGUUGCCGGGAGGCGACAUUCACCGGGAUCUCUUCAUGAUUCAGCAGCGGGCCGAACGCGCCAAGAUGCACCAGAGGGCCAACACCUUCCAUUACCCUCAGCAGCUCCACCAGGAUAACAACGAGGAGCACCUGGCUGUUACCAACCAGAUCGCUCCGGGUGGCUUUCGCCGGGCCUUUAUUCAGCAACAGCAGAAGCGGAAAUUCCUGGCUGCCCGAAUGCCCGUCACGAGGAAUUUUGUCGAGUUUCUGGAUCUCUAUGGCGCAUUUGCCGGAGAGGAUCUGGCGGAUUCAGACGACGAAGCCAUUCUCAGCGACGAAGAAGAAGACGAGGAUGUGGAGCAACAGCCGCGAGAGACCAGACCACUUCUUGGGCGCCGCCGGAGUUCAGUGGCCACCAGGUCGGCCACCGCUGGUGUCACCAAAACUUUCUUCACCCUGCUCAAAGCCUUUAUUGGAACCGGCAUCAUGUUUCUCCCCAAGGCGUUUAGUAACGGCGGCCUUGCGUUCUCCUCGAUUACCAUGGUCUUGGUUUCGACAGUGACCAUGCUUUCUUUCCAUCUCCUGCUUGCGUGCAAGACGCACAAGGCGAGCGGAUAUGGUGAGAUUGGCGAGGAAAUUGCUGGGAUCAAGAUGCGCAACUUGAUUAUGGCCUCAAUCACACUGUCGCAGCUCGGCUUUGUCUGCGCUGGCAUUGUGUUUGUGGCCGAGAACCUGCAGUCUUUUAGCGAAGCUGUUUCCCAGGGAGGGAAGCCAGUAUCAACCGUUGUCAUCAUCUUGCUACAAGUCGCCGUACUCAUUCCUCUGGCAUGGAUACGAAACAUCUCGAAACUCGGCCCAGCUGCUCUGCUCGCCGAUGUCUUUAUCAUGAUUGGAGUUACUUACAUCUACUACUACGACAUUGGAACGCUCGCGAGCGAAGGUAUUCACGAGUCGGUUGUACUUUUCAAUCCCGACAGCUAUACCUUGAUGAUAGGGUCUGCCAUCUUCACCUUUGAGGGCAUUGGUCUGAUCCUUCCGAUUCAGUCAUCAAUGGCAGAGCCGGAGAAGUUCGAGCCUCUCCUUGCCGUGAUCAUGGCCAUCAUCACCGUGAUCUUCACAUCAGUCGGAGCGCUCUGCUACGCGACUUUCGGAAAUGGCACCUACAUUGAAAUUAUCGAUAAUUAUCCCCGCGACAGCCGAUUCGUCCAAGCUGUGCAGUUCCUCUACUCGCUCGCAGUCCUGGUCGGCAAUCCAGUGCAGCUCUUCCCCGCCUUGCGUAUCAUCGAAGGCCGUGUGUUUGGCCGCCAUUCCGGCAAGAAGAGUCUGAAGACCAAGUGGACCAAGAAUGGCUUCAGAGGAAUGCUGGUGCUUCUGUGUGGCGCUAUCUCAAUUCUCGGGGCAGGAAACUUGGAUAAGUUUGUUGCUCUCAUCGGCUCCUUCGCAUGCGUCCCGCUGGUUUACAUCUACCCGCCAUAUUUGCAUUACAAGGGCGUUGCCACCACCAAGCUGGCCAAGGCUGGCGAUGUGGCUCUAAUGACGCUGGGGUUGGUUUGCAUGGUUUACACGACGGUUGUCACGAUCACGAGCAGUUUUCUGCAUUAA